CUGGGGUUGUUUCUAUCUGCAGCCGGCAAGACAGCACGUAACUCAACAUGAAAUGCAAUUUCACUGGGACUGUGCUGACCAAUGUGCUCCCUCCACUGUUGAUAAUACAGUUUAUUUUGGGACUCCUUGGAAAUGGUUUGGCUCUCUGGGUCUUCUGCUUCCACCUGAAGCCCUGGAAGAGCAGCACGGUGUUGCUCUUCAACCUGGCGAUGGCUGAUUUCCUGCUCAACAUUGCCUUGCCUUUCCGUGCCAGCUACUACAUCUCUGAGAUCCACUGGAUGUUUGGUGGCACUAUCUGCAACAUCUGCCUCUUCAUGUUGGCAAUGAACCGCAGCGGAAGCACACUCUUCUUGAUGGCUAUCGCUGUGGAUAGGUACAUGCGUGUUGUGCAUCCCCAUCAUCCCAUCAACUCUCUGAGUGUCUCCAAAGCCAUGUGCGGAGCACUCGCACUCUGGUUGAUCACCAUCUCAAUGACAGCUCAAGUCUUCACUUUGAAACACAUCAAUACAACCUACUGUGAGAGCUUCAUGGUUGAGACUGAAAAUAAUGUGACCUGGCAUAAGUUUGUGUUUCUCUUUUCCUUCUUAAUGCCUCUGCUUGUGAUUCUCUACUGCACAGUGAACAUUAUUUGCCACCUGAGAGGGAGACAGUUGGCCCAGCAUGCUAAGAUUAAGAAGGCUCUGUGCUUCAUUAUAGUGGUGGCGGUGGUCUUCAUUAUUUGCUUCCUCCCGAGCAACAUUAUGCUGCUGCUGAUAUGGAUCAAGACCCUCCAGCUUCGCACCCUCCAAAAAACUCAAAUCUGCCUGGCCCUGGAUGACCUGACCGUCGCAUUUUACAUCACCAUUAGCCUGACCUAUCUCAACACCGCAUUGGAUCCUGUGGUCUACUACUUCUCCAGCUCUACCUUCAAGAACAUCUGCAGGAAAGCUCUUCAUCUGUCCUAUGCAGACGCUGCUGAAAGUACAGAGAAGAAAACUCGAGAAACAGGCUCCCAGUCGCUCAGCCAGCUGUGAUCACAAAGCCAAAAAGCAAAGAGAUAAUUGAGAUGGGUGCAACAUUUUAAUUAAAAGAGACACGAUUCUCCCAAAGAUGUCACGUAAGUGCUAGAGCCAGCAAGAUGUUUUUUUGCCCUUCUCUUAUACAUUAAGUUAUCUAGCAGAUAUUGGCUGCACUUUAAAAAGGUUUUGCUCUUGCACAAUAUAUGCAAUGUUAU